AUGAGGCUGCAAGGGCGAAACAGAAGUACUUUUAGCACAAGCAAAUGCUGUCCAUUGACCAGCAGAAGCAGGACUUCUCCCUCGACUACUGCAGAUCCUGGAAGGAGAAUUGGUCUGCUGAGAGCACAGCUGCUGCUCCUACUGCUACUCUCCAGCCAGCAGAAACCCACCUGGAGUUCUCAGGUUGAAACUAAAAUUGACUUUGACUUGGCCCCAGAUUCCUUUGAUGAUCAGUACCAAGGCUGCAGCAAGCAGGUCAUGGAAGAGCUAAAUCAAGGAGAUUAUUUCACAAAAGAACUAGAAAGCCAUAGGAAUUACUCUAGGGCCUGGCACAAAGCUCACUUAACCUGGCUGAACCAAGCAAAAGCUCUCCCCAAGAACAUGACUACUGCACAUGCUGUGGCCAUUUUGGUCUAUACUUUGAACAACAAUGUUAGCUCUGACUUCACUAAAGCCAUGGCCAGUGUUGGCAGAUCUCCACAACAGUACAAUUCAUUCUCUUUCAAAUAUCUACACUACUACCUGACCUCAGCAACUCAGCUGCUGAGGAAAGAAAUCAUCAAGAAGAAUGGCACUCUGUGUUAUAAGGUGUAUCACGGGGCAAAGGAUGUCCACUUUAAAGCCCACCUAGGUGACAUCAUUCGAUUUGGCCAGUUCCUGUCCACCUCCUUCCUAAAAGAAGAGGUACAGAAAUUUGGGAACCAAACAGUAUUUAGCCUAUUUACCUGCCUGGGGGCACCUGUAGAAGACAUCUCCCUCAAAAAGGAGAUCCUGAUCCCACCCUAUGAGUUGUUUGAAGUUGUAAAUAUAAGCUACCACCCAAGAGGAAAUUGGUUGCAAUUGCAGUCAACUGGAAAUCUAAGCACAUAUAACUGCCAGCUGCUAAAAGCUUCCAGCAAGAAGUGUAUCCCUGCUCAUUUAGUUACUGCUUCUCUGUCCCUUUUGACCAGUGUCAUCAUCUUUUCCAAAAGCAGAGUAUAG